GUUGUAUGUACAUUCUGCUGAUAUAUGCCGAUAGGUGCUAUUGAUAUUCGUGUACAGCAUCAAGCCGUAUAUCUCGAAAAGAUGAGUCUAGAGUAUGAACAGAAGCUAGACUUCCUCCUGACAGAGAUCAUCCAAACCGAACAGACGUAUGUAGAGGAUUUGGAGGUGAUUAUAUACGAUUACAUGCGCCCAGCCGAGGAGGAAGGCAUAGGUUGUAGGAGUAUCAAGAACGAGGACUUUGUAAAGACCGUGUUUAGCAACAUCGAGGAUGUGCACUACUUUGCCUUCUACCUUGCCGAGCAAUUGGAGGAAUGGUCUCCGAAUGUAGGCCAAUGUUUUGUGAAUCUAAAACCCGAGUUUGAUGUGUACAUUGAGUACUGCACGAAUUUCAAAGUGGCGUUGGAAUACCUCGAGAAGGCACGCAAACGGCACUCAGAGGUUGACGAAUGGCUCUCAGAGCAGCAGAAGGCGAGUGGCAAGGCCCUGGGACUAGAGACGUAUCUACUGAAACCAUUGCAGCGAUUGCUUAAGUAUCCGCUACUACUUAAACAAUUACUUAAGUAUGUAUCUCACUCAUCGUCAGACUAUGCCGCUAUUGCCUCCGCCCAUGCCGAUAUACAGGCAUGUUGA